AAGUGUGGUAGUCUUCCAGAGGUCUCAUCUUCUCGAUCAGACCGCUGAAUUCACGCUUUUUAUUGUUAUCAUGUGACUUUUCCUGCUCACGUCGUGAUCUUUCGGUGGAACCGGAGUAAACCUGAAGACUUAAAUCAUGUUUUCGGGCGUGCUUGUCCUGUUUUUGGCUUCUUGUUUCGUCGGAGAGUCAAAGAGAAGAAAUGUCCUGCUUAUCAUUGCUGAUGAUGCAGGUUUCGAGACAGAUGUUUAUAACAACUCUGCUGUCCACACGCCACACCUUCACGCUCUGGCUCAGCGCAGCGUUGUGUUCAGCAACGCUUUCACAUCUGUCAGCAGCUGUUCGCCAAGCCGUUCUGCCAUCCUCACUGGACUGCCACAGCAUCAGAAUGGCAUGUACGGGCUUCAUCAGGGGGUUCAUCACUUCAACUCAUUUGAUGAAGUCCAAAGUUUACCUCUGCUCCUCAACAAGGCCAACGUGCACACAGGUAUAAUUGGAAAGAAGCACGUUGGUCCUGGAGCCGUGUACCCAUUUGAUUUUGCUUUCACGGAGGAGAACAGCUCUGUCUUGCAGGUCGGGAGGAACAUCACCCGAAUCAAACUGCUGGUCCGGAGGUUUUUCCAGCUCCAUAAAGAAGGAAACUCUGUCCAAAGAGAGAACAGUGAUGGUCGAGUAAACCCAAAUGAGGAGGAUAAACCAUUUUUCCUUUACGUGGCCUUCCAUGACACUCACCGAUGUGGGCAUUCACAACCUCAGUAUGGGUCUUUCUGUGAGAAGUUUGGGAACGGUGAGAUGGGGAUGGGCAGGAUCCCCGACUGGACGCCUGUGUAUUACACACCAGAGCAAGUCAAGGUUCCUCCAUUUGUGCAGGACACGCCCACAGCUCGGGCGGACUUGGCCGCUCAGUACACCACAGUCAGCAGGCUGGAUCAGGGUAUAGGGCUGGUUCUUCAGGAGCUGAAAGAAGCCGGUUAUGAGAACGACACUCUGAUCAUCUACAGCUCUGAUAACGGCAUCCCCUUCCCAAACGGAAGGACCAACCUGUAUCGCUCUGGGACAGCAGAGCCAAUGCUGGUGUCUUCUCCAGAGCACAGGGAGCGCUGGGGAGAAACCAGCCAGGCCUACGUCAGCCUGCUGGACAUCACUCCCACCGUUCUGGACUGGUUGUCUGUUCCGUACCCGUCCUACAGCCUCCCCGGCAGCCCCUCCAGCCCGGUGCAGCUCACCGGCCGCUCCCUGCUCCCGGCUCUGGAGUCGGAGCCCGCCGGCUGGCACACCGUCUACUCCAGCCAGUCGCUGCACGAGGUGACCAUGUACUACCCCACCCGCUCCGUCCAGCAGGGGGCGUAUCAUCUCCUCCACAACCUGCACUACCGCAUGCCCUUCCCCAUCGACCAGGACCUGUACGUGUCCCCCUCCUUCCAGGACCUGCUGAACCGCACCAGGCUGCAGCAGCCCACGCACUGGUUCAAGAGUCUGCAGCAGUAUUACUACCGAGAGCGCUGGGAGCUGUACGACACCAGGACAGACCCACUGGAAACGAAGAACCUGGCGUCCGACCCGGCGUUCGGCGCCGUGCUGGAGAGCCUGAGGCAGAGCCUGCAGAAGUGGCAGUGGGAGACGGGCGACCCCUGGGUCUGUGGACCGGACUACGUCCUGGAGGACAAGCUGGAGCCGCGCUGCCAGCCGCUCUACAACGGCCUCUGAGGGACUCCAGUGGUUCUGUUACUCAUCUGGAUCGACACGAUGUUUGCACCCCAGAGGGCUUUUUACCUUGUAACAUACAUGACGUUUGUUUGGAUUUCUAUUUUUGUAUGUCAAUGCUGCUGUUGAUAAACACACUCUAAGUGGGGCCUUAA